AGGUAUUUCAGCAGACACGAUGCGAUCAAUGUUUUGACACAGUCAUUAGUUGUCGCGUGUGUAUAUAUGUUCAUGCACUACCUUUAUAGACCACGCACGAGCUUCAUUAGCUUACAAUUGUUUUAGCUUGGCGAAGCUGUGUUGCCUCACGAUGUCUCUGUCUGUCCAGAAAUGGUUUUGCGUCCUGAUUCUGUAUAUGUUCUCUCAUGACGUUGUUGCAAAAACAGUUCGGCGCAAUGUUCUCUUCAUCAUGGCUGACGAUUUGAGACCAACAUUAGGAUGCUACGGGGAUCCUAUUGUAAAGUCACCAAACAUUGAUCAACUUGCCUCUAAAAGUAACGUCUUUCUCAACGCAUAUGCCCAGCAAGCAGUGUGUGGACCAAGUCGGACCUCCUUACUAACAAGUCGUAGACCUGACACAACCCGGUUAUAUGACUUUAACUCCUACUGGAGAGUACAUGCGGGGAACUACACCACUCUCCCUCAGUACUUCAAGUCAAAGGGCUACACCACCAUGUCGGUUGGAAAGGUUUUUCACCCAGGCAUAGCCUCUAAUCACUCGGAUGAUUACCCGUACAGCUGGUCUGUACCUCCUUAUCAUCCUCCCUCUUUCAAGUAUGAAAAUAUGAAGGUUUGCAAGGGCAGUGAUGGCAAACUGCAUGCCAACCUGUUGUGCUCAGUUAAUGUGUCUGAAACCCCUCUUGGGACACUGCCAGACAUGGAGAGCACAGAGGAGGCCAUCAGGCUGCUCAAGUCCACAAAGGAUUCUGGCAAGAAUUUCUUUCUGGCUGUUGGAUUCCACAAACCUCACAUUCCCUUCAGAAUCCCACAGGAAUUCUUGACACUCUAUCCCCUGGAUAAGAUGAGCCUGCCUCCAGACCCUGACGUUCCUAAAGGCCUCCCCAGUGUGGCCUACAAUCCCUGGACUGACAUCAGGAAAAGGGAAGAUGUCCAAGCUCUAAACAUCAGCUUCCCAUAUGGGCCAAUCCCAAAAGAUUUCCAGCUCCAGAUUCAACAGCACUAUUAUGCAUCUGUGUCAUACAUGGACUCCCAAGUGGGUCGGUUGUUGAGUACUCUGGAUUAUCUUGGCCUGGCUGAAGACACUGUUGUGGUCUUUACAUCUGACCAUGGCUGGUCACUUGGGGAGCAUGGAGAAUGGGCCAAAUACAGCAACUUUGACGUGGCCACUCGCAUUCCACUAAUGUUCUACGUAGCAGGUGUGACUGCAGUCCGUCCUUGGCCAGAGACCUUCCCUUACAUGAAUGUGUUUGGCCCAACACCGCAUCGCUUCACACAAGGAGGAACCGUGAGCAACGUGAACGAGCUGCUAGAUAUCUUCCCCACUGUUUCUGUCCUGGCUGGGCUGAAGCCCCCGCUCCCCUGUCCCGACAACUCCUUUGACGUGGAGCUCUGCACCGAGGGACACAACCUGGCCUACACCUUCAACAACGACGACAACCGCAAGAAGUCUGAGGCCAUUGCCUUCAGCCAGUACCCCCGGCCCGCCGACACCCCCCAGGAAAACUCAGACCUGCCCGACCUGAAGGACAUCCGGAUAAUGGGCUAUUCUCUGCGCUCCUGGGACUAUCGCUUCACCGUGUGGGCGGGCUUCGACCCAGCUAGCUUCCAGGCUAAUCUGUCAGACGUGCAUGGUGGGGAGCUGUACCUCCUGGAGGAAGACCCAGGCCAGGACCACAACCUGUACAACACCUCUGAGCACAGCCUGCUGCUCUGCAAGCUGGGCCAGGGCCAGCAGCCCUGGGCACAGACCCUCAAACAACACCUCCUAUACCUCACUGCAGGGAAUAAAUCUAAAGGGAUGGCAUGAUGCUUUGUGUAAUGAACUAUUUUGCUGUGUUCAUAAGGGAUGUUUCCAUUCUAGGCAAGUGCCUAUAUCUAGAUUCUUUCAGCUUCUAUUGGCACUUGAGGUUUUUAGGUGUAAUCCUUGUCUUAGCAGUUCAGGUUUCUGAAUGUUGAUGGUGAAUUUCAAUGGCAAGAAUUUGACACCAGCUCUAAAUCGAACCUAACAACUCCAAUAGAACCCUGUUCACUGGUUAUCAGUAUGUUAGUUUGAGAUCAGACUUAUUUUUCAAGCAUAAGGUAAUGUACUGUAACAAACUGAUGGUGAAAUGUGUAUUUAUAUAGGGAAAGAUCAUCAGGGCCAACAUGGCAUUGUUGGUGAGCAUGCUGUACUGUAAAACUAUCCACAUUCAUACUUUGCACAAAGAUUUUUUUUAUUUAAAUGGGUUGUACCAAAUAAGCAUACUUUUUUUUUUUUGGGGGGGGGGAAAUAGUCUUGUCAAUGUAGAAGGAAGAUACUGGUCCUCACGAAGGCUCCACCCCAGUGUGUUCAGGGCCAGCAGACAGCCUUCAUUGCCAGCUGGGCUGAAAUUCCAUUGUUUUUUGCAGUCUGAACGUGAGGUCAGGCCAGUUGGCGAUGGAUCCAUGGGCUGAUUGAAGCUUAUUUUAAUUGCUUGCGCCAAAGGGGAAUUGCAUUUGUGCUCAAACUUUAUCUGUGAUUUUAAUUCUCUUUCAACUCCUGUUUCCAAGUUCUGCUAGAAAAUGUUCCCCAUUUUUAAGUUCCUUCCCCUGUGAAUGAGGCAGUGUCUUUCAGCUCCCAGACAGUGUUAUCUGGAGAGAAUGUGCAACUCCUCAAACAUAUUGUCCAAAAAUAAUUAUUCUUACCACUCAACUAGUCCUAUCUAUACAAAUGUGUCCUUCACUACUUCUUUCAUAAGAGUGGAUCUACUGAAGUUAAGGUAGUGCGUAUACUCAAAUUGGUUAAUUUGACUUUAAUCUGUCAGGCACUGACACUCAACCUUGAGUUGCACCACCAUCCUGAUGUAAUAGGACAGGGGAGCGCUUCAUUGACUCAUACAGGAAUGUUAUUCCCCUUAAGUAGACAAUGUGACCUAACACUGAUAGACGAUGGACUUUAACCAUGCAAACCUGUUAAUAUGAUAAACAAGGAAUCGAUGUGGUAAUGGGUCACUGCUUAAGAUAAUUAUUACUUUGAUACAACCAUGUGAUAUCUGUGGUGAAUGAAUCUGUUACAUACAGGGUUGGUUUUGAAAAUCUCAUGCAGAUUGGUCGGUUGUGUUUAGGAAUCAAUCCCCAUUUGUUGGUAUUUAACAAAUCCAUAUCAAAUUAGUGUCACUUUGUCUUGCUGAUUCAGAUGCACCUUAUUAGGGUAGCGGGUAAUGGCAAUUUAUUCAUGAAAAAAAUAUUCAACUAUUCAAAACAACUGGCCUACACCAGCAAUUCAAUAUGAACUCAGAUUUACACUAAAUCAUAACAUUGGGCAUUUUUGUAUCUUAUUUGUCUGUUCUUGCCUGCAGAAUAUGGUAAUUAGAAACGAUAUUAUUACUCAAACUCAAAACUGCAUUAUACGUACAGUAUGUAUAUUUGUUUGCAUGAAAUGCACUAUGUCUCGAGGGCAAAUGUGCCUUGUCCUUGUAGCUUGGCUGAGAGGAGCAGCUGGUAGACAGUGUUUUUCUCCAGAGGCUGUUGUACUGUAGGAUAUGGCUGGUAGACAGUGUUUCUCUCCAGAGGGUGUUGUACUGUAGGAUAUGGCUGGUAGACAGUGUUUCUCCCCAGAGGGUGUUGUGCUGUAGGAUAUGGCUGGUAGACAGUGUUUCUCUCCAGAGGCUGUUGUACUGUAGGAUAUGGCUGGUAGACAGUGUUUCUCUCCAGAGGGUGUUGUACUGUAGGAUAUGGCUGGUAGACAGUGUUUCUCUCCAGAGCGUGUUGUACUGUAGGAUAUGGCUGGUAGACAGUGUUUCUCUCCAGAGCGUGUUGUACUGUAGGAUAUGGCUGG